AUGAUCUAUACGUUAAAGUGCACAUUAAAGUUCCAGAACAGAUACAUUCACUUAACAAGCAGAAGUUUGGACGAAUCUCCACCUACAACUCCAUCCAACAUAAUUUCUAGCAACAACAACAACAACAAAACCACUACCACCACCAACAACAACAUCAACAACAACAUCAACAACAACAUCAACAAUAACAUCAACAACAACAUCAACAACAACAUCAACAACAACUUCAAUAACAACAACACUAUUUGCAACCACUACGCCAAAGAUAGCAUACCACUGAAACAACAUCGCAGUGAUACCAGUUUCAAAAAUUUAAACCGCAUUGAAAACAGCACAAUCGUAUCCAUUAAAAAUUCACAAAACGAGCCCAGCAGCGAAAUGUCGGACACUUCCGGUCACGUGAGACAGUCUUCUCUUACCAAGCAACAACAACUUCUCUUGCAACAUCGUUUGUAUCAAAAACAGCAGCAGCAGCAACAACCGCAGCAACAACAACAACAACCACCGAUUGAAAAUAAAACUUUUUUCAAAAAAGCAUCAGAAAGCUUAUCAACAAUAUUUUCCGGCAAGAAGGCAGCCAGUUGUGAGAGUAGCAGCGAUGAAGAGGAAGCAGUCGCAGGAGAGAAGUUGUCGCCAGGUGCCGCAUUUACUCGCCGAUUCAGAGCCAUGAGUUUGUUUGUUGCCCCGACGCAGGUCAGUCCCUCCCCUCCGCAAUCACCAAGCGCUGACGAUCAAACUAACAACAACAACAACAACAUUAAUAAUAAAGACAACAAUGGCAAUAACAACAACAUUUACAAUAAUAACAACAAAUAUAGGACUGAAAACGUUAAUGAUGGUAAUAACAUCAAUCUUAAUUAUGAUUUGUUGCGGAAAUCACAUCCGGUCUGCAAAGCUAUUGAUAAUUCUGUAUUGUUCCAGGAGAAACAGCAUCAACGUCUGCAACCGCAACUGCAAUCGCAACUGCAACCACAAAGCAAACAAAAUUUUCAACAAAACGUUCAACUGCCUGCACAACAAAAUAAAUUUUACACCAAUUACAUUCAACAACAACAUUACAAUUCUCAGAAGAAACGUUCUGAAUACUACUGUCAGGCUGAUCUGCAGCCACAACAACCACUGCCACAACAACAUCAACAACAACCGCAACAACCCCAGCAACAACAAUCUCAUCAAAAACUUCAAGAUCAACAACAGCUGCAGAAGCAAGAUGAACAACCGAGGGAAUCAUUGAUGGAGCAGUUACAAAAACAACACGAACGUUACCAAGCCACAAAACAACAACCACAAGCCACCACCAGCCACAAGCCGCUACCACCAACUACAACAUCAGCGGCAGCAACUGCAACACCGAUAAGGAGAAAGCACAGCUCUCCAUCACUAUUCGCGCCAUUGGCUUCUACGUUGGAAAAUAUAAGCAACGCAUUAUCACAGGCUCUGAGUGGGCCAACCUCAUACCAGCAAGAAUAUCUCUCUCCUCUUCCUUCUUCUCCUUAUCUCACAUCAUCAACACCAGCAACUUCUUCGGUCCAAACAGCCUCGUCAUCGUAUUCGUCAUCAUCAACAGCGGCCACGCCACCAACAGCCACACCAUCUGCAAUUGCGUCAACCACAGUAGCCACUAAAUUCCUCCAAACACCUCAUCACUUCCCACAAACAAACACUCUUACAAACGAUCAGUUCUGGAUUCCUCCAACUUUUUCCGGCCGCAAGAGAGCCGCCAGUUUGAUCCCAGCAGCGUACGGAAACAGUCUUUUGGUCGGGAGUGCCCUCGCAACAAGUGGAAGCCAUCUUACCGGAAGCGGUUCUCGUAAUAAUCUAUCUGCUGGAAGUGGUAGCUCUGCCGGAAAUAUCCAGGCUGCCGGAAACAGCAGGAAUGUGUCACGUGAGGGAAGCGAAGAGUGCCACAUGUCUGGAAACAGCAGUCAAACCAGUGGGAGCCAGGACCUCAAUGGUUUGUUGGCAGUUGCUUCUACAGGCUAG